UCAGACAUUCCGGAGGUUCUGAUCAGUCGACAGCUGUAAUCCCUCCUGAGAGGAAGUUCUCACGAAAUAUUAAAACCACUAGUAAUCCAGGAAUCUUUUCAAAUUUUAGAACCAUGCCUCAGGCAGAUUCCGUAUUUCAAUCGCGCUCAGACGGUAUCUCCGCCGAGGGGGUCCGGGAUCAGUACGCCGACGGCAAGGCUGCCAGGGUGUGGGAGAUCUUCAUCGGCGACAAAAAGAGUAGAACCGAAAACUAUCGAAAUUUUCUGGUGGAAAAGUUGCGCACCAAUGGAUGCAAACGUAUUCUGGAUGUGGCCUGUGGAACGGGCGUUGAUUCUAUCAUGCUCCUAGAGGAAGGAUUCGAGGUUGUUUCGAUCGAUGCAUCGGACAAAAUGUUGAAGUACGCACUUAAGGAACGCUGGGAGCGAAGAAAGGAACCAACGUUCGACAAUUGGAUAAUUGAGGAAGCAAACUGGUUAACACUGUAUGACGAUAUCCAGCACAUCAUUGGCGACGGCUUCGAUGCGGUCAUGUGUCUUGGAAAUUCCUUCGCCCAUCUAUUGGACAAUUACGGUGAUCAGCGUGAGCAAAUUCAGGCAAUUCGAAACUUUGAAAGAUGCGUUAAACCCGGAGGUCUGCUGUUGAUCGAUCAUCGCAACUAUGACAACAUCAUGGAUACUGGUGCAACGCCCGCCAAAUGCAUUUAUUAUAAUAGCAGCCAUACGGCGGAUAUCAAAACAUCAGUACUGUAUGUGGCCGCUAAACCGGCUCUAGUCACAUUGGACUACGUCAUAAGCACAGGAAGCGGGGAUGCGAGUGAAUUCCGCCUUUCCUACUAUCCGCACAGACUAACUGUAUUUGAAAAUAUACUAAAGUCCAUUUUCAAAGCAAAUCAAUCCCACGAGAUCUUCGGUGAUUUUAAACAAAUCGAUAAAGUUAGCAAUCCCGCCUUCUACCUUCACGUCGUGAAAAAGGCCGAAUGACUUAUGAACCCUCGGAUAUCAUAAAACGUGCACGUUUUACUGGUAUUAAAACAGUGUACGUCUCGGAAUGCAACCGAUUAUUUAUGGGUAAUAAAAGUUGACAUUGAUUUUUCUAA